AUGGGCAACAGCAAUGGCAAGCCCGUGGUCUUCACCGACGAAGUCAACCUCAAUCAUUUCCGACUACUACGAGUGGUGGGAAAGGGCGCCUUCGGCAAGGUGCGCAUCGUCGAGAGGAAAGAUACUGGCUUGACCUUUGCCCUAAAGUACAUACGCAAAGAUGAAGUCGUCCGAUCAGAAAGUGUCCGGAAUAUCAUUCGAGAACGAAGAAUGCUCGAGCACCUCAAUCAUGCCUUUCUCUGUAAUCUACGUUACAGCUUUCAAGAUAUCGAGUACCUGUACAUUGUUGUGGACUUAAUGAAUGGCGGCGAUUUACGAUUUCAUAUCUCACGAAAGACCUUUACGGAAGACGCGGUGCGCUUCUGGAUGGCGGAGCUGGGCUGCGCAUUACGAUACAUACAUUCGCAAGGGGUUGUGCAUAGGGAUCUAAAGCCAGAUAAUGUCCUGUUAGAUGGGGAUGGUCACGUCCACCUAGCAGAUUUUCGUCCCUUCACUUCACACGGCCAUGAGAAGCUUGAGAAGGAAAUCAUCAGGGCCUCUCCGAAUUACCCUGUCACUCAGCCUCCGGUUUCUAUGCCCUGCCUCCACGCCAUUACAUCACUGCUUGAGAAAGACAAGCGAAAACGGAUAGGCGCCACUGGUUUCGAUACAUACACCGACCAUGCCUUCUUCCGACGACUAGAUUUUGACCAGCUUCAAAAUAAGCAGAUACCUCCCGUAUUCGUACCAUCUAGUGAGAAGACCAAUUUCGAUGCUACAUAUGACCUAGAAGAGCUGCUACUAGAAGAGGCACCUUUAGAAGCCCGAGCCAGAAGACAGAAACCAAGGGUCCAAUUGAAAGAAGAUGCUUCCGAGAAAGAAAUUCGUAUCGAGGAACUCCACCGUAUGAUCGAAACGCUAUUCGAACCAUUCGACUACACUACAGUGAAGUGCGCCUUCUCCCUCUCUAAGUUUCCUUCGACAAUGCAACUAACAAUUGUCCACAGAGACUACAAAGGCUUCACCGACGCAUCCCUAACCGGCAACUCCGCACUCGACAUACUCGACAAACGCACCACGAGCGAAUCCGCCGACGCCAUCUCUCCUGUGCCCCUCAACAGGCCCCAAUCCAACGACUCGAACACCAAUUCCCCACCUCUCACCACAACCUCCGGCGUCCAUCAGAACCCCCCAUCCGCACACUCCGAGUUCUAUCCUGCGCACGAACAUCAAAUCGGCUCGCCACCCCCCAUGCCCAACACCGUCGGCCAAGCCGUCACGGCGCCGACUUCUGACCCGUCAUCGUCCACCUAUCCCACAAGCGGUGGCCGGGGCGGCAGAGGAGGCGGAUCUCGCUCGGCGAGCAAGUCCGGCGGAGUACAAGUCGUACUCGACGAGACGGGGAGCUGGUCGCAGCUCGCGAACAAGAAUAAUGAGGAUGUGGGGGAUAGUGCGAGUGGGAAUUCUGGGAAGGGAGGGAAGAGCAGUGGGAUGCUGGGAUUUUUGAGGGGGAAGAAGGGAAGGGAUAGGAGUCCGAAGCCGAUGGAGAAGGGGGUGCUGGGGAAAGAGGGCGCUCGUCAGGUUAUUGGAGGGCGCUGA